GGGGGAUAGAGAGAGAGAGAGAGAGAGAACAAUGGCGAAUCACGCUGAGCUUCCGGUUCCUAUUUAUUCUUCACUUGAACCGGUCUACGGUGAAGGAUCUCAGCUCGAAGAAGCUAAGCUUCGAUUCGAAAAUUUGAAAUCGAAGUUUCUUGAAGUUUUCGGCCACCUUCCUGAGGUCUUCGCUCGAUCUCCAGGGAGAGUCAACUUGAUUGGAGAACAUAUUGACUACGAAGGAUACUCGGUGUUGCCGAUGGCAAUCCAGCAAGACACUAUUGUGGCAAUCCGAAAGCGCCACAAAGGAGAGGCUGAAAAGCUUCUCCGAAUUGCUAAUGUCAAUGAUAAGUACGCUAUUUGUACUUAUCCUGCUGAUCCUAACCAGGCAAUUGACUUGAAGAACCAUAGAUGGGGUCACUAUUUCCUUUGUGGGUAUAAAGGCUAUUAUGAAUAUGCCAAGUCAAAAGGAGUAGAUUCCGGUGAGCUAGUUGGACUUGAUGUACUUAUUGAUGGAACAGUUCCUACAGGCUCCGGUCUGUCAAGCUCUACAGCUUUUGUUUGCUCAUCCACAAUUGCUAUCAUGGCUGCUUUUGGUGUUAACUUUCCAAAGAACGAAAUUGCCCAAGUUACAUGUGAUUGUGAACGGCACAUUGGAACACAGUCUGGUGGGAUGGACCAGUCAAUCUCUGUGAUGGCCAAAAAUGGGUUUGCUCAGCUAAUUGAUUUCAAUCCCAUUCGUGCAACUGAUGUGAAGCUCCCUGCUGGAGGUACCUUUGUAAUAGCUCAUUCAUUGGCAGAAUCUCAAAAAGCUGUUACAGCUGCUACAAAUUAUAAUAACAGAGUUGUUGAAUGUCGAUUGGCUGCUAUCUUGCUCAGUAUAAAGCUGGGAAUGAAGUCCCAAGAGGCAAUAAAAAAAGUCAAAACUCUUUCUGAUGUUGAAGGGUUAUGUGUUCAAUUUGCCAAAGGUCUCAGUUCUAAUGAUCCUAUGCUUGCUGUCAAGGAAUAUUUGAAGGACGAGCCAUAUACCUCUGAAGAAAUUGAGAAAAUCACCGAGAAGGAUCUUCCAUCAAUCUUGGGUGAUAAUCCAACUUCUUUGGAUGUGCUAAAAGCAGCCAAGCACUUCAAGUUGCAUCAGAGAGCUGCUCAUGUGUACUCUGAAGCCAACCGAGUUCAUGUGUUCAAGGAUACUGUGGCAUCGAACUUAAGCGAGGAAGAAAAGCUGAAGAAGCUCGGUGAUCUGAUGAACGAAAGCCAUUACAGCUGUAGUGUUCUUUAUGAAUGCAGCUGCCCGGAGUUGGAGGAACUAGUAAACGUUUGCAGAAAUAACGGUGCACUAGGAGCAAGGUUGACCGGAGCCGGCUGGGGUGGUUGCGCGGUGGCCUUGGUUAAAGAGAGUAUCGUACCUCAAUUCAUCUCCAAUUUGACGGACCAAUUCUACAAAUCUAGGAUUGACAAAGGUACGAUCAACAGGAAUGACCUUGGUCUCUAUGUUUUCGCCUCAAAGCCAUCAAGUGGUGCUGCUAUCAUCAAAUGUUAGUGUCUUAUUCUUAACUUAAUUUACACUUUCACAUU